AUGCCUGUUCUAAACCAGGUGCCAGGCGGCCCAGCAGUUCACAACCAAGUCUGGAAGAAAGGGGGUCGCUUGUUAUCUGCACUGCUGGCCAUCAACGUUGGUCUGAUAGCCUGUGUUCUUGUUAGCAGUGGUUCCUUAGAAGAGGUCAUAGUGCAGGACACAGAAGUCCUUGCUUUCCUCGUUAUUCUAAUGCUGCUCUCCACUUUCUGGAUGAUAUUCCAAUUUUAUUUUUCAUGCCGAAAAAAUGCAGUUCUCUAUAAAGAUUCCCAUGCAGGACCUGUGUGGUUGAGAGGUGGCCUGGUGUUUUUUGGGAUCUGCAGUCUAGUUUUAGAUGUAUUUAAGAUUGGAUAUUACAUAAGCUACAUUGAUUGCGAAUCACCAAUUAAACUAAUUCACCCCAUGGUGCAGAGCGCAUUCAUCAUCCUCCAGACAUAUUUCCUCUGGGUGUCCAGCAAACACUGUGUUCAGAUUCACACCAAUAUUUCCAGAUAUGGUCUCAUGUUGGUCCUUAUAACUAACCUCAGUAUCUGGAUGGCUGCAGUAACAGAUGAGUCUGUUCACCAGACUCGAGAUUUGGAGGAUGACUUAAAGGUGUUGUCCAGCACAAAUGGAUACCAUGAACACAAAGAUUCUGGAGGAGCACAUGGCCAUACCUGCCGCUGCAGUAAUCAUUUGUGCCACAUCUUUCAGACAGGAUAUUACUACCUUUAUCCAUUCAACAUAGAGUACAGCCUGUUUGCUUCAGCAAUGACAUAUGUUAUGUGGAAGAACGUAGGACGUCAGAUGGAUGACACCAUGCCUUGCCACCGUCGCCUUAGCCCUUGCUUCUGCUUUCACAGUAUUUUUGUUGGCCUUAUCAUGGGAUGCAUAGUCCUUCUUGGUGGAAUUGUGGCUCUUGUUACAUACAAGGUUAAAGUAAAUCUAGCAGAUAAAAGCUACAAGGCCCAUAUUAUGUUCUAUUCAUUUAAUAUUGUGGUCCUCAGCUUUAUGUCCAUGGGCUCACUCGCUGGGUCAGUUAUAUACAGAUUUGACAAAAGACAUAUAGAUGCCCAUAAGAAUCCAACACGUACUUUAGAUGUUGCUUUGCUCCUUGGUGCAGCAUUGGGCCAGUAUUGUAUAUCUUACUAUUCCAUUGUAGCGAUGGUGGCCACCUCUCCAGGGGAGCUGCUCAAUGUUUUGAAUCUUGUUUACUCCCUCCUUAUGAUUGUACAACUUACACUACAGAAUACCUUUAUUAUUGAAGGACUUCAUCGAGAGCCAUUCCUGGAUGAGGCUGAGGAACUACCAAAAGAACUUAUUUACUCAAAUGAGGCGGUAGCUCCUACACUGCCUGAUGGAGUAUCUCAGGAAUCCACAUUACCUGUAACAAACAAUACUGAGAAUACAAUGCACAAUGCAGAAAAUCACCCAUGGAAUUUGAAAAGAAGACUUGUUCAGGAAAUAUCUCUUUUUCUACUGCUAUGCAAUGUUAUAGUAAGUGCUCAUAAACUUAAUUUUUCUAACUUAAAAUAUUUAUACCAUUGCUGGUAA